UUGGUAAACAGUGAUUUUUAAAUAUCAAUCAUUUUUACCAAUUCAAAAAGCUCUCAGACGUUAAUUGGCGCUUGAGAUAUUAACGUAUUUAUUUGCUCAGUCUAUCUGGCCCAAGUGCUCCCGGUCCCACACAGCUUGUGGUAUGAAUAUUCUGUAAGGCGUCACCUCUGGGACUUCACUUAAUCUUAAAUUAUAUUAAGCUGUUAUCUGAAAAACACGGGCCUUAAUUGAAACCCCUUAUCUGCACCUCCGGCGCUGGCGAAUUUUAGUAUCGCGAAUUAAUUUAAACGGCGACCGAUAAAGGCCGAUGUAAACAGUUCCCCGAAAACUAUGAUUGCGAACGGACAGUCAACAAAGUCGCGCCCUCAGCCGCUGGCCAGCGUCCUUCUCCUGAUCUUGGGCCUGUGCCAGGUGUCCGGAGUGGCCAUCGACCAGCCAGAGGGUCGACUAGUGGGCGGCACGGCAGCGGCGGCCAACAGUGCUCCCUACGCGGUGUCUAUGCAGUACAGCGGCACCCACUACUGUGCCGCCAGCAUCCUGAAUGCCAACUGGCUGGUCACGGCUGCCCAUUGUCUGGCCAGUAGUGCUCAGGUGCUGGGAAGCACCCUGGUUGCGGGCAGUAUCGCCGUGGCGGGAACAGCCAGCACCACGCAGAAGCGGAGCAUUACUUACUUCGUGGUCAACGAUCUGUACACGGGCGGAACCGUGCCCUACGACAUCGGACUGAUCUACACGCCCACCGCCUUCACGUGGACCGCUGCAGUGGCUCCGGUGACGCUUCCGUCGGCGGGAGUGGUCCCAACUGGCACCGCCAACCUCUAUGGAUGGGGCAGCACCAGCACCACAAACUCCGCCACCUAUCCCACAACGCUGCAGGUGGCCACCAAUGUGCCCAUCAUCAGUCUUUCGUCCUGCGAGGAUGCCCUGGGCACCAAGGGCAGCGAUGUCCACUCGACCAAUUUGUGUACGGGUCCACUUACAGGUGGCGUCAGCAUCUGCACCUCGGACUCGGGAGGUCCUUUGGUCCAAGGCAAUGUCCUUAUCGGCAUCGUGUCCUGGGGAAAGUUACCCUGUGGUCAGGCCAAUUCGCCGUCGGUCUAUGUGCAGGUGUCCUCGUUUAUUUCCUGGAUAUCGGCCAACCAAGUGGCGCCUUAACAUCCUUUAAGGUUUUUUAAUUCAAUAAAGAAAGACGAAUUUGUAACCUAGCUCUAAUGGCUGUGGCUUAUAAAUGAGAUCUUCGCAGGCAUUGCAA